UAAGCGUGCUGCGAUUUCCUGUGAGCCAAAAACAAUGUCUUCUUUCUUGAGAGCUUUUGUUACCAACUCUCACUCCUUCCUAAGGAGAACCACUGGGUAUACUAGGACCUUUAGUGAAGCGCCAGCUGGUCUAAGAGUUAAACUCUCUGCUGAUGGAAAAGGAUUAGCUCUUUUUUCUGGAGUAACUCCCGAGGAGUCUCAUUAUCACGUUAAAUGGUUGAGACACAACUGUCAGUGUAGCCAGUGCUUGUCCAGUAGCGGGCAGAAGACAGUCACAGCAGAUCAUCUCAUGAGAGAUGACAAUAUUGAGCGAGUCAAACUACUUGGUGAUAAGUUACUAGUUGAAUGGACAGCUCAUUCCGGUUGGUUUGAUGUCAACUGGUUAAUAUCUAACCAUCCAUCGUCCAAUCAGAUCGUUGCUAGAAAGGAAGCCACACCAGCCCACCCUACUACAAAGUUACCUUUUAUGAGGUACAAGGAAAUAAUGGAUCCAUCAAAUGAAGGAUUGUACAAUUGGUUGUAUCAUUUAUCAGCUAAAGGUGUCUGUAUCAUUACUGGUGUACCAGCAGAUAAGGAACAUACCGUAAAGGUAGCACAUAGACUUGGGGAAAUGCAGAGCACAGUAGAUGGGGAAUGUUUUGAUGUUAUUGCUGUACCUAAGGAAGAGUUGACUAAUAUUGCAGACAGUGAAGUUGGUCUUGAACUCCACAUGGACCUUCAAUAUUAUCAGUCUCCCCCUGGACUCCAAAUACUCCACUGUAUUAGGAAUGAUCCAUGUGUUGAGGGAGGGGAGAGUACCCUAUUGGACGGACUGGAAGUUGUUGAACGAUUGAGAGAAACCCACCCGAGACAGUUUGAGAUCUUAUCCAAAGUACAAGUACCUUUUCAGAAGAUACGACAGAAAGGUGAUUUCCCAGUUAAGAUGGAAUACAGAAAGCCUCAUAUUGAACUAGAUCACAAUGAUCAAGUUAUUGGAAUAAACUGGUCACCUGCUCAACAAGGAACACUCUCACCACACGAAGAUGAAAUUGAAGAAUAUUAUGAAGCUUAUACUAAUCUGUUUAAACUGUUCAAUGACUCUCCGUUAAUAAUUGAGUAUCGUCUUAACCCAGGUGAAGUCCUCUCCUUCAAUAACAGAAGGUUCUUACAUGGACGGAGACCCUAUGCCUCCAAUGGAGGACAGAGACACCUAGCGGGAUUUUAUAUUAAUAUUGAUGAAUUUGCUAGCAAGUUGGCUGCUCUUUCAAAAACUUUGGGAAAAUCGCAACCAUUGAAGCACGUUUUGAACACUUCUUAUUACAACUGAAGACAAAUUGUCUUUUUAAAAAAUUAUUUUUGGAAAAGUACAUAUAUAAGAUAUGCUUUCAGUAUCAAUAAAGUCGUGAUAUUGUUGUUG